GUUGCAAUAAAACAUAAUAGACAAUGUGUUUUAUUAUUAUUGGAUAAUUGUGAAAGUCAUAAAAUUGAAGGUUUAGAUCUUUCACAUGUUGAUGUUCAUUUUUUACCUCCAAAUACAACUUCAAGAAUGCUGCCAAUGGAUGCUGGAAUUAUUAUUUAUUCUUAUAAUAUUAAUAAUGAAAAUAAUAGUGAAUUAACAAAUGAUAUUUCUAAAAAUAUUCAGACACUUCACCUUCCUAAUGCAAUGGGCAUAGAAGAAUUUCUUUUUGUACUAGAAGAAAAUAUUGUUUAUGAAGAUUUGGAAAAUAAUAAAAUUAUUACAGAACUUGUUGAUAUUUUAAAAAAGCCAGAAGAAAAUAUUGAAGAUGUUGAAGAAUUAGAUAACAGUAUUGAACCAGUUAUUAUUGAUAUUAAUGUAGUAUUAAAAAAUAUAAAAAAUGUACAAAUGUUUUUAUUUCAACAAGAAAAUUUAGAAAAGUAUAUUAAAUUAGCAAAUACAAUUGAAAAAUUUAUAAAAUAUAUAUAA